UUGCCGUAGAAAACACUAGACAUGUUAGCAGUUAGUUUGCUGGCCACUUGAGGCUGUUUAUAGGAUGAUAAAAUGUACAGAAUGAAAUAAAACGGGACGUGUUGACGAGGGAGGAUGUGGCUGAAUAAUGGGAACCGUCUUUGGGAGAAAGAGCCGACCUUCCCGUGUAACGGAGCAAGACAAAGCCGUUUUGCAACUGAAGCAGCAAAGAGACAAACUGAAGCAGUAUCAGAAGAAAAUCAGCCUCCAGCUGGAAAAAGAAAGACUUCUGGCUAAACAGCUGCUAAAAGAUGGCAAGAAAGAGAAAGCYCUUGUGCUUCUGAAGAAAAAACGAUAUCAGGAUCAGCUACUAGAAAAGACUGAGGGUCAAAUUUCAAACCUGGAGCACAUGAUGAUGUCAGUUGAAGAUGUGGAAAAACUCCUGGAUGAAACCCAAGAAGCCGUUGAAUAUCAGAGGCAAAUCGAUGAAUUGCUGGCCGGAGCUCUGACGCCGGAGGACGAGGAUGCUGUUUUAGCCGAGCUGGAAGCUAUCACUCAGGGAGAAGAUGUAGCACUUCCAGAUGUCCCCAGACAGCCAAUACCAGAGAUCCCAGAAGCAGCUAAAGUUGAACCAGAGAGGAGAGAAGUCGAGAACAAACCAGACAGAGAGAUGCUCGCAGUCUGACAGAAUUUGUGGUUGAGAUGAAGAAGCUACAGAUACUUCUGCUUUUAGUUUUGGGUUAGCAUUGACAAAUGCUUUGUUUGCUGUGUAUUUUAAAUGUUUAAAACUUUAAUUUAUUGUUUUUUACAAAUUAAACUAAGCUGUGAGAAAAUG